GAAAAGCUUGUUUCCGGGUGUCAUUAUUCAACCGUUGAGCGUCCCGGAUACGCCAUUAUUGAAAAAGAAUUGUGGUCGUAUUGAAUUCAACAGUCAAUAUUUUCGCAAGAUGCCAGAGUUUUUUGGUUUAAACAUGACGCCUGGGACCGAGUACAUUUGUUGCACUCCGAAAUCUCUGCACAUUUCGGGUGUCGCCAUCGACUCCGGUGAAAUUGCUAAGAUUUACCUUAUGAUCGAGGAUUACUUGUUCAUUGUGGCGACGGUGUCGCCAGUGAUUCCUCAGGCAUUGCUGAACUUCAACUUUAGCAAGGGCGAAGAGAUUGUGUUCAAAACAGAAGGCAAUGCCACGGUUUCUCUGUUUGGCUACUGGAAGCCUGAGGAAGACGAUGAUUCAACGUAUUAAUAUGAUUUUUCAUGUUACGAAAAGAUAAACUGAACAAAAGCUUCAAGAACUUUAUUCCAUCAACUCGAACAAUAUUUUUAACCAGUUUUGCAAAUAAACGCACGUCAGUAA